CUCAGGACCAGUCUAGCCCCACAAGCGAAUUUGUGCCCAACCUUACUGCGUCCUCUUAAUCGACCGGCUUGUGCAGUGGAUGCCGCUCCCGGCACCUCGAGUGCCCACGCCUCUCCCGUAAUAUCGCCCGACUCCCAUCGGCAUGUACAGACUCUUUGGGCUGUUCUCAGGCUGACAACUACCAAGCUCUUUAUUUAUCCGACAACAGCGCUUCUCGUGUGCCGGUCAUAUCUGAGCUAAGUAUACGACUGCUAUAUAGCGAAAGCUGCAUAUGAUGGGCGAUAGCCUAGCUUCCUCACUACGUUCACGCAAUGGGUACACCAGCAAGAAAAGACUUCCAGGUGGCCAUAGUCGGCGGGGGUGUGUCUGGCCUGGUCUGCGCCAUUGCUUUGCAGCGGGCAGGGGUAUCAGUACAGCUAUUCGAGGCAGCGGCCGCUUUCGAACAGAUCGGGGCAGGGAUUGGAAUAGGUGCAAACGCUGUCCGCGCUCUGAGAGCCAUGGGCUUGCUCGAUGAGCUUCUUAAGAAGAUCAGCCCUUCAGAGCUCAGGACUAGAGGUUUCGUUUAUUAUGGCGGUCUUGGAGACAAUCAGAAGAUCUUCGCGUACGAGGCGCACCCUGAAGACAAAGGGAUAGGAAUGCAUAGAGCUGAUUUUUUGGAAGCGAUUAUGGGUGUCCUGGACCCCCAAAGUGCCCACUUCAACAAACGAUGCACCUCUAUCGUUCGUUCCGCACAAGGCUCGAGACGUCUGGUCAUCAACUUCCAAGAUGGCACUGCUCAUGAAACCGACGUCGUGAUAGGGGCGGACGGGAUCAAGAGUGCUGUUCGCAGCUUUGUCUUGGACGGAAGCGACGAUAGAAUUACAUUCAGCAACCAGAUAGCAUACCGAGGGCUCGUACGGUACAAGGAGCUCCAGGCGGCCGGGUUCAAGGCUUCUGUGGUGAACGACCCAGUUUGUUUCCUUGGGCCGAGCAAGCACUUCAUUCUCUUCCCUCUCAGGAAUGGCGAAUUAAUCAAUGUCGUUGCCUUCGUUGCUCGAUACGAUGUCCCCAUUGGGUCUGCAAAGCUUCCGCCAGGAACACCAUGGGUGGAGGUAGUGCCGAAGGAGGAGAUGGAGAAAGAAUACGAAGGCUGGGGGCCCGACAUCGCCGCUUUACUGAAGUGCAUGCCAGAGAAACCCAGUAAAUGGUUUAUUCACGUCGUCCACCCGCCGUUGGAUAGCUUCGUCAAAGACCAGGUGGUCUUGAUCGGCGACGCGGCACAUGCCAUGCUACCCCAUUUAGGAGCUGGGGCCGGACAGGGUCUUGAAGAUGCCUAUAUUCUUUCCCGUCUGCUGGGCCAUCCCGAGACACAUGUCGACAAUCUGGAGGCCGUUCUGAAGACGUACUCAAGCAUUCGUCGACCCCGGGCGCAGAUGAUAUGGAACAUGAGUUACACUUCAGGCACGAUCAACGAUUUGCAAGGAGCGGAGAGGUCGGAUGUUGAGGUGCUCCGGGAGAAACUACGACACCAAUUCGAUCCUGUUUGGCAACAUGACCUCGAGGCGGAUAUCGAGCACGCCGUCAGCCAGCUCCGCACAGAGGGCGCGUUCGCUGCCCAUUCGUUAUAAUCGGCCUUGCUUAUGCCCGGAGAAGUUCACCUUCCUAGAUCCUAAGCAACGGCAUGUCGUAAGCUAGAUCAAGCCGAAAGCAUAUAUGUACAUUAGC